AUCUCCUUCGUUCUUGUCAGUAUCUCAAUCAGGAUAUAUCUGUCGUUCUCAUGGAUGGCGUGGAAGGCCUCACUUCACUUGCCAGCCAACAUGUACAACGUGGACUAUGUUGCCUUCCAUCCGGGUCAACUCUCAUCUCCGACGCUGAUGAAGAGGUGUUCUUACUUUACACCAAUCUAGCAGCGCAUCCUGCCAACGAGGCUUCUUCAGACAAUUUUCGCGGACUAGGUUACCUCGAUUCGACGAAAGAUGUCGUCGCUUUAACCUUUGAGCUGAAGGGCAAUCUCAGUCCUGCAGCAUCUGAAUCUGUCUCAUCAAAAAGUAGGAAAAGAAUAAAGAAAAGGCAACUGGCCCCUCAGGAUCGAACAGUUGAGAUACAGCUCAUGCAGGAUAAGACUGCGCUCCGAAGUCGGAAAGGUGAUACGGGAAGUGUCGUGUGGAGAGCCAGUAUCGAGCUCGCUCAGAAUAUCCUACAGCAUUUUCAUAAGGCCAACCCGGAUGCGCUACUCAAUCGUGCGCGCUUGCAAGACUCACAUGUGCUAGAACUUGGGGCUGGGACGGGUCUAUUAGGCAUCGCUCUCUCACCCCUGGUACGGCACUACACCGUUACCGACAUCGAGGACCUCAUGCCCCUCAUCCGAAAGAACCUCUCGCUCAACUUACCCGACUGGAAUAGCUUAUCUUCUCCACUGGCAAGCGGUCCGAAUGCGAAAGGAACAAUCACUGCGGAACCGUUAGACUGGCUCGCAUUGCACAAUUGCAAUUCAUCCAUUCGUAAAAAGCUCUUCUCGUAUGACCCUAUAGAUCUCCUACUGGUGGUGGAUUGUAUCUAUCAUCCUUCGCUCCUACCUGCACUUGUGCAAACGAUAGACCAUCUCAGCACCCCGCAGCGGACCGCAGUGCUAGUAGUAGUGGAACUUAGAGCAGAAGACGUCGUGAGGGAAUUCCUUGAACUGUGGCUAGCGGCAAGCGGAGGCGGAGUAUGGGAAGUAUUCCAUGUGAAUGGGAUGUUGGAGGAACCAUAUGUAGUGUGGGUAGGUUGGAAGAAGUCGUGAGGGCUUCAGGCACUCCGGGUAGAUCUUCAACUGAAUCUGCAUGAUUCGGCCUCGUGCAUCAGCACGAAAGAAUCAAUUGAAUGAUGCUAGCAGCGUCGCCAUACAACAAGAUACUGAGCGGAAUAAGAGCGUAGGAAAGGAGGUUGUACGUGAUCUUGCAGUAAAAGAUGGUGAAAGUGGUCCCGAGCAGUGUAGCCGUGCAUGGCGGUCACCUCACCGUUUGCUGCGGCCUUUUGGACUCUUCCUUGAGGCUUUGCCGCCAGCUCUCUCAGCUUUCUCGACUUUUCUUCUUCGCUGUUUCGUCCUUUCAGCGUUUCUUGCAGAUUUUGUCUGGUACUUGAUAUCCUUGGCCUUCUUAGCAACUUUCGCAUGCGUUUUCUUCACGUC